GCCGUCAGAGUUACAUUCGUCCGUGAUAUCUCGAGUUGUGACAAUUGGAUUAACAGCCGACCUAAAAAAAUAAAAUUAUUUUAUUUACUUCCUAAACAAUACCUCAAUAUCCAAUUAGUCAUAAUACAAAUUAGUUCUGCAGUUAUACUUUAAAGUGACAGCUUAAAAACCCGAGUUUUUAAAAAUUAAAAAAUAAAAAACAAAGUAACGUAAACUAAAAAGUGAACGUGUUGUGAAACUUGACCAGUUGUAUAGAAAAAGUUUAAGAAAAAAGAUAAAAUGGUUCAACAGUACCAGUCACCCGUACGGGUCUACAAACACCCAUUUGCACUUGUUAUGCUGGCGUACGAGAAAAGAUUUCCCACAUGUCCACAAAUUCCAGUAUUUGUUGGAUGUGACGUUACGAAAGAUGAAGAAAGUCAAGGUGGAGCGAUCAGAACUACUGAGAGACGAUGCAAACUCAAUGUUGAAGCUCCUUAUAUAUUGAAAAAGAUUAUCGGAGUUGACUUUGUGUACUUUGUACAAAAAAAUGUCUUAGACAGACGUAAUAGUAUUUUAGAAAUUGAAGCAUGGAAUGAAAGUUUUUCAUCACGAGUUACAGUUAUUGAAAAAUGUAGAUACUUUAUACAUCCGGAAAAUAGCGAGUGGACAUGUUUCGAGCAGACAGCGAGUUUGGAUAUCAAAAAUUUCUUUGGCUUUGAAAACUCAAUGGAAAAACUAGCCAUGAAACAGUACGCCCAAAAUAUAGCCAAGGGCAAAGAAAUAAUUGAAUAUUUUAUAAAUGAAUUGAAAGAACAAGGGGUGACAUACGUCGCGCCAUGGGUUGAGCCUGAAAAAGUUCCUACUCCCGAUGACGAAAAAACCGUUGAGACUGAAGAAAGCAACGAUCAAAAUACCGUCGAAACGGAAACGAAAUUGCCGACCAACAAAGAAAUAAAAUUAUCCUCUGAUUAUAUAGAAAGAUAUUUAGGUAAACUAGAUUUAAUGCAAGAGAGCAAAUUGUUGCAGUUACGUCAAAGUAUACAAGAAUUGCGAGGCGCAUCGGUGCCAAAUGACGCGACAUUGUUGCGUUUUUUGCGCGCACGUGAAUUUAUGGUUGACAAAGCUAAGGAAAUGUUGACCCAAUCGCUUCAUUGGCGCAAGAAAUUUCAAAUUGACAAAUUACUUGACGAAUACGAGGCUCCGCGGGUCGUAAAAGAUUAUUUUCCCGGCGGAUGGCAUCAUUGCGACAAGGACGGCCGUCCACUUUAUAUUUUACGACUUGGACAAAUGGACGUCAAGGGUUUGCUAAAAUCGAUCGGUGAAGAUGAAUUAUUGCUGCUGGCUUUACAUAUUUGCGAGGAAGGACUGUCACUAAUGGAAGAAGCAACAACUGUCCUAGGACACCCAGUGUCCCAGUGGUGUCUGCUUAUCGAUCUUGAAGGAUUGAAUAUGCGUCAUUUAUGGCGUCCAGGUAUUAAAGCUUUGCUAAGAAUAAUUGAAAUCGUCGAAGCAAAUUACCCAGAAACAAUGGGUAGAGUUUUGAUAAUUCGCGCUCCGAGAUGUUUCCCAAUACUUUGGACACUAAUCAGUACAUUUAUACAUGAAAAUACCAGAAACAAAUUUAUAUUUUACUGUGGAACUGAUUAUCAAGAACAGAAUGACGGAGGCCUAACGGAUUACAUCGAUGCUGAAUAUAUUCCCGAUUUUCUCGGUGGCCCAUCCGAGGACAGUAUUUUGGUUGAUGAACUGACCAUACCAACUUGGUAUUACUCUAACAUCGUGACAAAUAACAACACUUAUGUUAUGGAAGGGGGAGUGGUGCCCAAGAAUUUAUACAGAUUGGAUCUAGAAGCAGCCUCUAAUGAUCAUGAGCACAGUUUAUAUCAUUCUAUCAGUUUAGCACACGGUCAGGUUCAUCAUGUUGCUAUCAAUACCAAUGACCCUGGUGCUGUGCUCACUUGGGACUUUGAUGUCAUGCGUCACAAUGUUAUCUUUACUGUUUUGUAUGAAAAACCAGAUGCCUCAAAUACCAACGAAUCAUUGGAAGUUACUUCAGCUGAUUCAGAUUCAUUGAAAGAGUGGAAAGAAGGCGUUAAUUGUGUCAAAGUUGAAUCGAGUGUUGUCUGUCAUGACGGAGAAAGUAUUCAGGGCACACACAUAAUUCAAGAACCUGGAACUUAUAUUUUGCAAUGGAAAAAUCCAGAUGAGGGUGAAUUUCUUCCUUCUAUCAGCUCACACAAAGCUCAGCUAAUGUACUUCUAUGAAGUAUUACCAUCUGCGCAUUAUCGGGGAUCAAUGAUGAGUCUUCAGUCGGCUGUAAGUGGACGUUCUUUUGCAAGCUCUUCGCUGUCCAGAUGAGAGAUAGAUCUUCGUAAAGGAAUCAGUAUUGAUCCUAUUCCUGAUACGUAAAAAUAAUAACAAUAAAUUUACUAUCAAAGUCAAUUCACAAUAAUGCAGAAGUAAAGUCAAUUUUUAUUUAAAAUCAAUUUAAUUCUCAUUGAAAUAAAUCGAUUUAAUAAUUGUGUCAAAUCAAUAUCGAUCAUAAAUAAUAUUGAUUAAUUAACAAACUAUAAAUUUUACAAACAAAAAUACAAACAAACAUAAUAAUACUAAUAAUAUACAUACAGUUAAAAGGUGUUGGGAGUUAUACGUUGACAAAUUAUUUUCAUACAUAAAAAUAUGAAGUAGAUACGUAAAAUAAUUAAUAUAAAAACUAUUAAUCAUUGCUCCAUAUGCAUAAGUAAUGAAACAUAUAAAUAUAUAUAUAUUUUUAAUUUAAAAGAAGAAAGAAUAAUAAAAUUUAUAAUAAAAUAUAUAACUGAUCUCUUCCAUCGCAGGAAUACAAAGAAAUUAUGUAAAUAAAUAAAAAAUAUAUAAAUUUAUUGGUUAAUGAGAAUUAAUCAAGAGCAAGAUCAAUUAAAUCUGACGAAUCGGUAUAUUAAGUAUUUUAAAAAUAUGAAAUUAUAUAUAAAGAUAAUAAAAUUAUAAUAUAUUUGUUGAGAUAUAUAAAAAGAGGGCGAUAUUAAAUUUUUUCCGUCCGUCAGAUAAUUGCUGUAGUUUUAAUCAAAAUGAUUAUUAAUUAUUAAUGAUAAAUUUUAAGUCGAUGCCAAUAGAAUUGAUGAAUUAGAGUGCUACGUAAUUAUAUUAGUGACAAUAUUAGUUUUUUUUAGCUAUUGCUUAAGUAGAUUGCAGUUUUAUAUUAAUUAUUUUCAUAUAUUGAUAUUGAUAUUGAUAUUAAUAAUGUUUUUAUCAGCAAUCAUUGUAACAAUAAUAUGAUUAAGGGGGAAGCUGAUCUGAGAGACUAAAAAAAGAGGAUAUUUUUGUGUGUGUGUGUGUUUUUUCAGUACGUUCAUUAUUAAAAUUCUUAAAAUUUGUGACAUUAUUAAGCAGCAUUCCAAGAAUAUUCUCCUAAAUUUUCAUAGAAAAAUAUUGAAAAAUGAGCCAGUGGUAGUGGGGAGAGACGAGUCACCAAAGAAAGUCUCCAUGCCGUAGGCAAGAUAACUCAUGACUGCUUCAUCUGAAAUAAAAAAAUCAAAAAGAUUUCUUUAGUACAGAAGUUUAUCUUGGAUUUGAACGAAGAACAAAAUAUUCAUUUUUGAAUUUUUGGUAAAGGCGCAAUAAAAAAAUUCUGAUUUUUACGAAAAAUUGCUCUUUUUGUUUAAUUAAAAAAUAAGUAGUUUAAAAAAAAAUCUUUCGUUCAAAUCCAAGAUAAAUUUAUGUACGCAAGAAAUCUUUUUGGCUUUUUGAUUUCAAAUGAAGCAUGAAGACUUUUUUUUGAGGUGACUCGUCUCUCCCCACUACCACUGGCUUAUUUUUUAAUAUUUUUUUAUGAAAAUUUAACAGAAUAUUCUUGGAAUGUUGCUUAAUAAUGUCACUAAUUUUGAAAAUUUGAAUAAAGAACGUACUCUGAAAAAAAACACACAAAAAUAUCCUCGUUUUUUUUUGUAUCACAGAUCAGCUUGCCCUUAAAAUCGCUAUUUUAUUUACAAUUAUUUUCUUUGGCAACUCGUUAGUCGAUUAUCGAAAGAUUUAUAUAUUUUUUUGGAGUUUUAUAGAUAUAUUAGCAAUUGAUAUCAAUCACGACGAAUUACAAAUAAAAAUAAAAUCACUAGUUGAUUAGUAAAUAGUAAAGUUAUUAAUAAAAAUUAAUAAUUAGAUGAAAAUAAAUAAAUUAAUCGAGUUGAUCGUUGAUAAAUGUGAAAAUAAAUUUUUAUUUGAAAUAAAAUAUAAAUUUUAUUGAUAUUAAAAAUUAUGAACAAUCGAAAUUCGUUUAAUUAUAAAUUCUAUUAAAGUAAAUAGACUUAUUUUGACAUAAAACGUAAAUAUUAACAAGCAUUUUAAAUCCAUGACCAGAAUUUAAAGUAAAUGAAAAAAAAAAGCAUUUGUCGCAUUUUAAAAAAUGAUAAUUAUUCUUUUGUGUUAGAAAUUUAAUUUAUGAUUAUGUAUUAUAAAAAUAAAUAUAACAAACGUUACAAUUUCA